GAAAACGCUGGUGAAUAAACAACAUUGUUUGAGGACGGAGUUAUUUCAGUUUUCGUUUUGUGUUGAUCUUCCACUGGGAAGGCUUUUCUUUAACAUGGACUUCGACGGAUACGACAGCAUCCAACUGCUCAGCAUAAGCGAGAUAAUCGAGAACUACUACCAGAUGCUGAAGAAGGCGAUGGAGGCGACCGCAUUGCAAAUCAGCGGCGUAAGUGUCCUUUUAACUCAUGUCCAUAGGGUGACAGCCUCCUUCCUCGUGGUACAUUCUUUUUCUUCACAGAAGAAUGCUUUCGACGGAAGUUUGCCAGAGGAUGUUGCGAAGGAUUUGGUGCAGUUUUGCGAGAAGAAUCACAUGUCGCCCUUUUCACAAGCUCUGGCGGAACUACUAAUGUACCUAGAAUGGCACAACGAAAAGAAAACUCCAGAAAUUGAAGAAAGUGCUGUGUACAAUGCUCUUUUGCGACUGGAAAAAGCGAUUGUGAGUAAUACAUCUUCAUGGGAGCUGUACGGGCAAGGUUACGAUGGACCAGAUAUAACUUUGACACAUUUUGAGAUGAAUAUGAUAGAACAGAACUUCUCCUUGUACAUAAUGGAUCUUUUGAAUGAAAAUAGCCAAGAAGUACUCUUUUUCCCUCUGUCAGGUUUGGACAAUUCUGAUGUGCUGGUUAAAUGGAGGAUUUUUGAAAAAAUCGCAGGAAUCAAAAUUUCUCCAGCAGAGACAAUCUACAAGCAGAAACUAAAAGAAUGCAUCAGAAACCGAAUCAAGGUGGAAGUGAGCAUGUGGUUCGAAAAAGAAUUUCAGAAGCUUAAACUGGCUGGAAAGUGUACGAUUCUCAAAGAUAUCGAUAGUUUUACAAAAAGUGUAGCCGAUCUGACGUCACACGUCGCAAUGGCAAUCGACGUCAUCGCUUCGGAAGGUGUGCUGUUUGAAGAAGCUGGUUGCCGGUAUUUCGAUAUCUUGUCAGAAACCAUAGACGAGAAGCUUUACCCAUUGUGCCAACUAAUAAUGGAAUUCAUGGAUGCUUACCAGACGAGUCAUAAGAGCUUCCAUGUUAAUAUCCGAGACAGCUGUGCUUUAUCUCACGCCCUUUAUCUUCAGCUCAAAAAGUUAGUUCAUCUCCUCACGUCUUCUGAGAAGAGAUUGUCAUUACAGUCAUACAACAGCCUGUUUUCGGAGGUAUUCAUGCACUUGCUUCAAGUGUUAAAAUCUGAGUGUCAUCAUCGUAUCAAAAGAGCAGUUGAAUGUGAAUUGAAGGACACGAUUCAUUCGGAAGAAAAGAUUUACAGCUCUUCCGUUAUUGUCCUCAAUUGUUUCUGCACGAUAAUCGACGAAUGGAAGCAUAUGGAAAUUGACGACGAGGAGCUGCAAAUCGCUUUUCUGGUUAAACUUACCGAUAUCGUAUGCGAUGGUGCGAAAAUAUGUGCAGAAGCGCUGGAGAACAGGCAGCAAAAAAAUUUACAGAUGAAAGAUUUAGACUAUACGAAGAAAGCCUGCAUAAUUGCGAACAGUAUCGAGCAUAUACGUCAAUACCUCAUCGAUCUGCCGGAGUUGAUGCAAUGGUCUGUCUCCACGAACGUCUUAAAAGGAGACAUUACCAAUGCUUCCUUGAAAGAACAAGUACUGAGGAUACUAAAUCUCAUUCAUCAAUCCAUGAACACUCAUCUCCAGAACAUAGCUUUUAAGCUACUGAACUUAGCCGUCACAAGCAUCCAAAUGCAACUUGAGAAACCGUUGUAUUCCUGGCUGCAAUCACAAAAUCCUCAUCAGAGCUUUGAUAAAUUCAUGAACUUUUUGAAUUGCAAUUUGGAAUUAUUAAACGACUUUUUAAAACCAGAAUUAUUUGCUGAUUUUUCAUCUUAUUUAUGGACGUCAAUCAUUACAUCUAUUCAAAGUGGAUUUCAAGAAGGGUUUCCCCCUGAAUACGCAAAAGCUAUUAAAGUGAACACUGAAACUUUAAAGGAUUUUUUCUCAUACAUUAACAUGACUCAAUCAAAUUUGCAUGAACCGCUGCUGGAACAACUCAUGGAUUUGGUAGAAAUUAACUCCAAGUCCACUGUUGAGUUACAGCUGGAAUAUUAUUCACAGAUAGCUGCAACUGUGAUUUCUCCAGUUGAAUACUUGGGGCAUAUUGCAUUUCAAGCUGGUUAUAAAACAAUAGCACCUGACAUUGUAGAUCUGUAUAUAAAUGUACAAAAAGGACAAAGACUUCCAGCUCGAAAACUUGAAAUGUCUGAACUCUACGUGAAAGUCGAUUUAUGUCCGAGUGCUUUUUUCCCCAAUCAAGUGCCUUUCAAAACACCUCCUGUGACGGAAGACUUAGACAAUCCCGUUUUCAACGGAUUUUUUCAAUUUUCCAAGCUUCCUGCAAGUGUUCUCAGCGUUAAAGGUGCUGUUAUUCAAGUUCUGGUACUAAACCAAGAUCACUCAUACAGUGCCGAAGCGGUGCUACUUCUAAACCAAGUGCAAAAUAUGAGUGGACUUUCUUCCUUAGAAUUUCUUCCUGUAUAUCUUAUGCCGUUGAAAAAGUUUGACAUGAGCCACACGUGUUAUCAGGUUAUAGAAAGCAGAAGUCGAUGGGACAAAACUGCGAAGACCUUUAUCAAUAAAAGAGCUAAGCCAUCCAAAGGACAGAAAAUGCUUCUUCCAUGCAUAUCCAGGAGAAGAAUAAUGUGCAACUCCUCAAACUACGACUGAAAGUGCGUGAUCUCAUCGUCUCAAAGAAGAAAUUUAGCUCUUGAUCCCCCC